CUUUUCCUUAUCUUCAACACAACACUCAGGUUCGUGCAGUUCACAACUCACAACCUGCAACGAACGGUCCCUUUUAGUUCUUGGGGAUUUGAGCCUGGUGCAAGAACUACAGAUUUGCUUUCAUCCGCUUUCAAUUCACUUGUUUAAUCAAAGGGCAUAAUCCAUCGCCAGCGAUAAAUUCGACGUACAUAAUCAAACGAGACCUUCAAGGCUUUCAGUUACCAGCGCACAUCGACAACGCUCCAGGCCUCUCGGUGUAUCUUCUAUUUGAUCGAAGCAACGCGAAUAUGCCCCCCAGUCUGAAAGACAAAGGCGGUCGGCUUCUGGCUUUCGCCAAUGGUGGCCAGCGAACGAACGAAGCUCAAUCCGGGGCGGAUAUCAAACCCACGAAGUCAGAACCACCACAUAACGUUCCUCCAGCUCCUACACCUCGUCCCACUAGCUAUCCUCGGGAGAUCACGGGACUCGGUGGUAGAAACACCGCGCCUCCAAAACAGGACUAUCCUUUCAGUCAGCCACCACAGCAUCAUUCACCAGUGCGCUCGAUAUCUUCCCCGAAUGGCCGGAUUAAAGCAGAUUCAAGUGAUCGCCGGGUCGACAUCUUCUCUGGUUCGCAACUUGACGAAAAUUUCAUGGAGUCUGGUCUCACAACUCCGCACAACGAGCCAUCCGAUCCCAUUAAGCUUGGGCCGGAGUUGACUCGCGAUCUUAAGAAGACCAUUCCGUCACACCGGCUCCCUGACCGCAAUCGAUUUCAUCGACCUCCGCCGACAAGUGACUUGUUCACUGUUGGUGAUGAUCUUCGUAUGAACGUGGUCAGUAGGUCACAGCAACACAAUGUUGAUCAUAUGGGCGAUGGUUUCCAGGAUGAUGUAAGUGUGAGGCAUGGAAAACUCAGUGGCCAUCACGGACGUGGCCGAACUCGACCAGACUCCCCGGCACGUCAGGACUCCAAAAUCCCCAUGCGUGAAGUGAGGAUUCGAAAGUCACAUUCCGGCCGAUCAGAGGCCUACGACACGAACCAAGCAAGGAAUAUAUCACCCAGGCGCCAUGAAACGCAAUGGCAAACGCGCUACAAAAACGAGAGCUCCCAGCAGCCGACUGUCCACCGUUUGGAUGAUGAAGAUGCCGAGUCCGCUUCUCAGGAGGAAGAACACACAACGCCUAGGCCCAAGCCUGCCAAGCCGGUGGUUCAAAGAGCUCUCUUAGAGAGCUCGAUACCAGCUACGACAACCUUCAUGCCAAACACUAGUCGCCUCGACAGAAAACGACGUCGUCCAAGCCCUGAGUACGACGACGUGGCUCUUAACUCUAUGACCUUUGCCUCCCUUCGGCAGCAGCCUUUCGACUUUGACCCUUCCAAGGAUGGGCAGAAGGUUACUGGAGUUAAUGCUGGCAAUUUGGAAGAUAAACUCGAGCAUUUUCGUCAUCUGGGUGAAAAGGAACAGCAUGACCUGUUUUCCAAUAUGUCGAUGGAAAAUUGGGAAACCUCGGGAGAAUGGUUUGUCCAUGAGUUCAGUGCACUCAUGCAAAAACUUCUGGAUUCAAGAAGACAGAAGCGCAAAAUCAUUCAGGAGUUCGAACAAGAAGCAGCCGAUCGUGAAGAAGCUGUCCGUCUCAAGACACAGGCCAUUGACCGAAAGCUCUCUAAGAUGAAGCAGGAUGGCCAGCGAGUAGUGGAGGAUAAAACUGCAUAGAUUAUGCGUGGCGUAUGGACAGAGUCGUUGGUUUUUCGUUUUUCGGGAAAUGAGUUUACGACCGAUAUGAAUGCAUUGUGCCGGAGUCUGAUUUACUCGAUACCAGAGCGUGAGAUAUCCAUGAGGUUCGCAAGACACCCUAGAGCAGAUAUGAGCUCACAUACAGGGGAAAUGUUUUUUUAGAUUCGCUACGAUGGUCACAUCUUUGAUGAAAUAAUAUAUCAUUUCGCUGAA